AUGACGGCACCCUCUUCACCCACUGGACCGCAAGUCCGCAACUACUGGCAGCUGGCUCUGGACUCCUUGAGCCCUGACCUCAAAGCAAACAUCAACUUGGCAAGCACCAGCAGGAGAGAUAUCCUGGAAGCAGUGCUCCAGGUAUCCGAGGAGAAGAGAACGCUAUGCAUGAAGAAACGAUGGCGUUUCAAGAAAUCAAAUGGUGAAGAGAUCAUCCUUCGUGAUAUCUUGGAAAAGAUAUCGAGGUGGAUUGAUAGGUUUAAAGCGGUUGGGGACACUGCUGUGCAAUUCAACCCCUCGCCCGCAUCGCUAGCGUGGGCCGCAGUGCGUUUCCUAUUGCAGGCAACAGUCAACGACGUUGAAAUCUUUGGAGCCAUGGUGGACAACCUGGAAUUCAUCUCACGUCUCAUCGCUCAGUACCGAGAGUUUGAGAAGCUUCACCUGCAACAGCCGUCGACCGUCAGCUCGCUUCUGGAAGACGGCUUGACUCGCCUGUACGCAGCGAUGUUGGCCUUCUUGGCCAAAGCUGUGCACUAUUACCAGGAUUCGACAGUGAUUCGUAUCAGCAAGAGUCCAUUCCGGAUAGUAGAGAAUCAGGACAUUGUGGAAGUCCUUGCUCAGGAGAAAGAGGUCUUGAAACUUGCUGGAUUUACCAAUACCGAGAGACUGCUGUCCCUCCAGACUGUGAUGGUGCGCCUAUCAGACCAAGCAAACAUGUCCGAGAAGGCUCUCAAGGAAAGCAGAUAUCGAGAGUUGCUGAAUUGGCUGUCUCCGACCCAAUUUUCGCAUCAUCAUGCGGACCAUUCGGAAAAUCGACUCGCCGGAACAGGGCAGUGGUUGCUGGAUCAUCCUGAAUACUGCCAAUGGAGGGCGUCCAGCUCAUCUUCAAUCUUUCUCCUCCACGGUAUCCCAGGUUGCGGGAAAAGUAUGCUCUCUUCGAUGGUCGUAGACUCGUUGUUGUCCGAGCGCGCUGCGAAUCCAACAACGGCUCCAUUUGCUUACUUCUAUUGCGCCGACUACGACGCUGAGCCGGAACGUGGUCAACCAGACAAGAUUCUGUGCAGUAUCGUUCGACAGCUGACGGUAUCCGCUCAGCCGCAGCGAAAAGUCCGCGAUUCAGUUUUGUCUGAGUAUGAACGCAGGCGGGCCGAGGCCGAGCUUGAUGGAUUCGAGGCGAAGACGCUGCAGGUGAACGACUGCGUGAAAUUGAUUUUGGAUGUCAUCAACAGCGAUCCAGUGACAAUCGUUCUGGACGCGGUGGAUGAAGUGAAGGAACAAGAUCGCUAUGAGUUACUGCAUGCCCUCAGUCGGGUCGUUUCCAGCUCGAAUAACGUUACCAAGGUCUUAGUGACGAGCCGAGACAACAGCCAUAUCCAUGCAAUUUUACCAGAUGCAAGAAGGCUUCGUAUCAACAAAGAAAUAAAUCGUGCCGAUAUGGACUGCUUCGUGAGGGCUCAGAUCAACGGUGUCACAGAGGCAAAAAGGCUCCUCAAUGGGCGCGUCCCAUCAAACCUACGUGAUGAGCUGGUGGACAAAUUGGUCAAAGGAUCAGGAGAGAUGUUCCUUUGGGCAAAGCUUCAAAUUGAGUAUCUCUGCCGCAUGAUGCAUGAAAGAGACGUCGCGAACGCUAUCAGAGAGCUACGUCUAGCCACUCUAGACGAGAUAUAUACCGAUAUCCUCGGGAAAGUCCUGGAAUCCAAGCAGAUCGCGCGCGACCUUGCUAUCCAAGUCUUCUCAUGGCUCUUGUUCACAAAAGAGCCCCUGAAGCCAGAAGCAAUCAUCUCGGCAAUCUCGUUGGCGGCUUUCAACAACGGAGUGGAGGUGAAGUUGUCGGAUAUCCUCGAUAUCUGCUUUAACUUGGUAAUCGUGGAUGCAAAGGACACGAUGCUCCGUUUUGCCCACCAAUCUGCUCAAGAGUUUCUCCGAUCGCAAGCCAUCUUCGCGGAGCCUUGUGCCCAGCAGCUUUUGGCGUCCAGCUGUCUCCGGGUGUGUAUGCAGGGUCCUCCUCACCAUAAUGGUUCAACUCCACUUUUGGAAGGAACAUUCUACCGUUACGGUGCCAUGUAUUGGGCGGACCAUUACAGAAGCGCAGGCGCCACAGAGAACGACACGUUGUUCCGUCAAAUGAUGGACUUCAUUUAUGACGAUGAUGACGUGAGCCUGUCGUUCAUGAGCUGGCUCGACUACGUCCAGCAUAUUUCGACUGGCCUUGCUAGAGAUCACCCGAAAAAAGCCGUUCUGGAUACGGUCAAUAGCUGUGACUCAUCGCCACUCUUCACAGCUUGUAUCUCUGGCCUCGAAGGCUUGCUUGACCUCAUCGUUGCAAGGAGCGCGCCAGGCCCAGAUUGGAAUCAGAAGAACCUUCUUGGCCAAACGGGGAUCUACCUUGCCGCCGCACGUGGACACGACGCCAUCGUCUCCUAUCUGAUACGGCAAGGGGCAGAUGUUGAUGUCCACUGCGGGAAAUAUGGCAGUGCUUUGAAUGCUGCUUGUUUUGGCGGGCAUGGUGCUACCGUGCAGUGUCUUUUGGAUCAGGGCGCUUCCACCCAAUCAAGCGGUAUAUUCUCGAGCGCUCUUGAUGCGGCUUUCCGUGUCAAGAUGAUUACGACUCCGCCCUUCUAG